UAGAUUUUGCCUUAAUUCUCUGUAGCAACCACUGGGAAACUCAAAGGCUCCCUAAAACUCCCUGUCCCUAUAACACUUCUGCUACUAGUAACGUUUAGAUAAACUUCAGUGAAAUGACUCUUCAGGAAUUGGUGCAUCAGGCUGCCUCCAUUUACUCCAAUAAAAUAGCUGUAUGUUUUGAUGAAUGUAAUGACCAGCCUCCAGUUUAUUACACCUACAAGAAUCUGGUCAGUGCUGCUUCAGAAUUAGCAAAUUUUCUGCUAUUACACUGCGACUUUCAAGGAAUUCGGGAAAUUGGUCUCUACUGCCAUCCUGGGAUAAACGUACCCUCUUGGAUUUUAGGAAUUAUCCAAGUCCCUGCUGCUUAUGCUCCCAUUGAUCCAGAUUCACCACCAGCAUUAUCAACUCAUUUUAUGAAAAAAUGUAAUCUAAAGUACAUUCUUGUUGAAAAACAGCAAAUUAAUAAAUUCAAAUCUUCCUAUGAAAUGUUAUUGAACUAUGAUACACUUACAGUGGAACAUAAUGACUUAGUACUCUUCAGACUUCAUUGGAAAAAUGUUGAGGUGAGCUUGAUGCUAAAUGAUAGAAAAGAGAAAUACGAAAAAGAAAAAGUGGUAAACAGCACCAGUUCUGAGAAAAGCAAUGAAGAAAAGCCAGAAGAGCAUAUGGAUGUGAGGCUAAAGCAUUGUCUAGCCUAUGUUCUCCAUACAUCAGGCACCACGGGGAUACCUAAGAUUGUCAGAGUCCCUCAUGCAUGUAUAGUGCCGAACAUCCAACAUUUUCGGGUACUUUUCGAGAUCACACAAGAAGAUGUUUUAUUUCUAGCGUCACCUCUGACCUUUGAUCCCUCAGUUGUGGAAAUAUUUGUUGCUCUAUCAAGUGGUGCCUCUCUGCUUAUUGUACCAACUUCUGUCAAAGUGCUCCCAUCGCAAUUAGCUGCUGUUCUCUUUUCCCGUCACAGAGUGACUGUUUUGCAGGCAACACCGACAUUGCUUAGAAGAUUUGGAUCUCAGCUUAUCAAAUCGACUGUUUUAUCAGCCAGUACUUCUCUUCGAGUAUUAGCCCUUGGUGGUGAAGCUUUUCCGUCACUGACUGUUCUCAAAGGCUGGAGAGAAGUAGGCAAUAGAACACAAAUAUUUAAUGUUUAUGGUAUCACAGAGGUAUCAAGUUGGGCGACUUUUUACAGGAUUCCAGAGGAGAUUCUUAACUCUACUUUGAAAUGUGAAUUGCCUGUACAACUGGGAUUUCCACUGCUUGGAACAGUGGUUGAAGUCAGAGAUGCUAGUGGUUUCAGAAUUGAAGAAGGCAAUGGCCAAGUAUUUUUAGGUGGCAGAAACAGAGUAUGUUUUCUGGAUGGCGAAGUGACAGUGCCACUUGGCACAAUGCGAGCCACAGGCGACUUUGUGACUGUGAAAGAUGGAGAGUUAUUCUUCUUGGGACGAAAGGACAGUCAGAUCAAACGUCAUGGCAAGCGUCUUAACACUGAACUUGUGCAACAGGUUGCUGAAGGACUUCAACAAGUAGAGUCAUGUGCAGUUAUAUGGUAUAAUCAGGAAAAAUUAAUUCUGUUCAUGGUGUCAAAAAAUGAGUUAGUAAAGAAUUACAUCUUUAAAGAACUAGAGACACAUCUUCCAAGCCACGCAAUCCCAGAUGAGCUUGUGCUGAUUGAUUCUCUACCAUUCACAUCUCAUGGCAAAAUUGAUGUUUCUGAGUUAAACAAGAUCUAUUUAAACUACACAAACUUGAAGUCUGAGCAUAAGCUCAAAGGAAAAGAGGAACUUUGGGGAAAAUUACAGCAUUUGUGGAAGUCUAUUCUGAGUCUCUCAGAAGAUCCUUUGAAGGUUCCUGAUGAGUCACUCUUCUUAAAUAGUGGUGGAGAUUCCUUGAAGUCCAUACGGCUCCUCAAUGAGAUUGAAAAACUUGUUGGCACAUCAGUACCUGGGCUCCUGGAAAUUAUCCUUAGCAAAUCCAUUUUAGAGAUUUAUAGUCACAUCCUUCAGACAGUGUUUCCAGAUGAAGAUCUGACAUUUUGUGAGAAUUAUGCCACUAAAAGAAAAUUCAGCAACGUUAAUCAAGAGGAAACCAGUGGAAAAUCUUUACCUCAGAAAUCAGACAUGCCUUUAAAUUUAGACAACGGGAUAAAUGCUUUUAUUGCACUGAGCAGAGGGAGUCAGAUUUUGUCUAUGAAUGCUACUAGGUUUUUAACUAAGUUAAAACAUUGCCCUUCAGCCUGUUCUUCUGAUUUAAUUUCACAGACUGCUAUUAAAAAAGUGAAAAGCUUAAAUCCUCCAGCUCUUCUUGGGAAGUCAAAAGAUUCAACCUAUGUUGAAAAAGUUUGUGAAGAUGGGACAUCUGUGAUAAGGGCUGAGACAAUGGAAUUACGUGUCAGGUGGAGGGCAGACACAGGCAAAUGUGUAGAUGCUUCUCCUCUUGUCGUAAUACCAGCUGUUAAUAAGUCAUCUGCAACUGUGUACAUUGGCUCCCAUUCUCACAGAAUGACGGCAGUUGACCUUUACUCUGGGAAGGUGAAAUGGGAACAGCUUUUGGGAGAUCGAAUUGAAUCCUCAGCAUGUGUAUCUAAGUGUGGAAACUUUAUUGUAGUAGGAAAAGAAGUGUGUGUGGAAGUUAAAAUGUGGAGGAACUAUCUUUUCUUCGCCUUGUUUGAACUUGAUUCCGUAUCACUUGUAUUUUGCUACACUGGGAGGACUUUUACUGGCUGUAAAUCCUGCCACUGGAAAUGCAGUUUGGAAACAUUGCUGUGGAAAACCACUCUUCUCUUCCCCAAGGUGUUGCCUGCAGUAUGUUUGUGUUGGCUGUGUAGAUGGGAAUUUACUUUGCUUUACUCACUUUGGAGAACAGGUUUGGCAAUUCUCUACCAGUGAACCCAUCUUUUCAUCCCCAUGUCCUUCCACAUCAGAGCAAGAAAUAUUUUUUGGUUCCCAUGAUUGCUUUAUCUACU